GAUAAAGCGGCCAAGAUACUCCGUCAAUGAUGGAGACAACGGAGGCAGGUUCUGUCAUAGCCAAGCUCUGACUGGUGCAGAGCUUUCGAUCCGUCCUGGUCCUGCUCGUCAUUUCCUAUCUCAUAGUUUUCGGUGGAUGUAUGAAGCUCCAUACAACCCACGCAGGUCCAGAUUUUGUGGGAUAGUAUUCCUGCAUUACGAGGAAGAUGCGGUUGUAGGAUAGAGGAGAUGUUAGAAAAAUCACGAGCAGAAAGGUCCCCCCACUCCGCCAGCAAGUGGAGAUGGUUCGAGCCAAAGUGCAGCCUGCGAACCCCCGGGGGUGUGUGGCCUCUCCGAGCUCCUUUUAGAGGGCCGCUUGCCCACCAUGCCCGCUCCGAGAAGUUAGGAGUUUACACCCAUCCGUUGCUGCCUCGUCCUUCGUUUCUAGCCUACUGGCUCUUAUACAAUAUUGAAUUGCCUGCAAUUCUUUCCAUUCUUUUUUGAUAACAGAGAUACAUCUCUGUGACCACUCACUCUCUCAGAAUCUGCCUUGUCAUUUUCCGAUCACAUUCACUCUCUAAAUUUUACAAAUCACAUCGACAGCUACGUCUCAAAAUGAAGUUCAUUACCUCCAUCACUCUGGCCUCUGUGCUGGCUGCUGCCCAGAUUGGCGGUGCUGUGCCCCAUGUUCCUCGUCAUACGCGCUCGUCUGCGGGCACUGUCCCUAGCAGCUCGGGGUUGCCCAGUGGUCUGCCCAGCAGCAGCAUUGCUAUUCCCAGCUCGUCUCCUGCUGUCGGACCUUCCAAGUCGAUUCCCAUCUCGGUGCCUUCUAUGCGCCCCUCGGGCUCGAAGACCCCGUCCAGCUCGAUCCCAUACUCGACAAUUUCGGUGUCGGUUCCUACCAUCACCCGCACCAUUGGUCCAGACGGCUCGGUGAUCCCCAGCUCCAGCGGUAUUGCUAGCUCGUCUGCUAUUCCUAGCUUCUCUGGCGUUCCCAGCUCGUCUGGCGCCCCUAGCUCCACUGGCCUGCCCAUCUCGACUGGACAUGCUAGCUCAACCGGCGGGCCAAUCCCCACUGCUGACCCCAGCUCAACCGUUCUGCCCUCCUCGGUGAUCAGCACUCAGAAGAUGACCACUUCCACCGUCUAUACUACCUCCGAGGUGACCAUUACCCAGUGCGCUACCACCGUUACUGACUGCCCGGCUCAUUCGACCACUGUCGUCACCUCGACCAUUGCUAUCUCGACCACCGUGUGCCCGGUCACUGAGACCGAGUCUGAGAGUGCCACUUCUGGUGCAGCGAGUGCCACUUCCACCGCAGUGACCGCCACUUCCACCGCCGAGGGUGUCACUUCCACUGCAGAGGGUGCCACUUCCAGCGGAGAGACUGUCACUUCUACCGCAGAGAGUGCCGCUUCCAGCGCUAGCUCUGCCCAGGGUUCGGUCACUACCGAGGAGGUCUACAUUACCACGACUAUCUGCCCCGUCACUGCUACUAUGACCUCCGGAAACAGCGUCAUCACCUCGACCUACAGCACCGUUUCCACCAUGACCGUGACUCCUACCCGAUCAAUCAGCUCCGUGAUCAUCACCCUGACCCCCGCCGGGUCUGCCCCCACCGUCGAGACUACCACUAGCCCCGUUGUCCCAUCUUCCGUGGCUACCAGCAAGACCGUCCCCACCGGUUCUGCCACUCCUUCCGGAAAGCCCAGUGGUUCUCCCUCUAUCGCCCUCAGCAGCACUCGUCCCGCUGGCAAGAGCAGCACCCCCAUCGCUACUAUCGCAGCCUCCUCGACCAUGAAGAGCAGCGUGCAGCCUACCUCGGUCCCUACCACUGCCACUGAUUCCGCUUCCUCGCCCAGCCAGACCCCUGCCUUCAACGCUGCCGGUUCAAUUAGCGCGUCGUCCGGUCUGUUGAUGGCCGUGACCGCGGUGUUGUCUCUGCUUUUCCUUUAGGCUUGUGGGCUGGACUUGGCCUGGACUUUGACCAUGAUUUAUAUCUUGAUAUGAAACUGGUCUACUGGUUCUGUUGGCUUCCGGGCUUAUAUUAGAUUUUAUUUGACGAAAUUUUCUUCUUCUUUCUAACCCCUCUGUGGCCCUGUCUUCCGUCCUUACCUUUUGCCUGGACGAGACUGAGAUUCAGGGGGCUUCUGUUAAUAAUCCUUGCCCUUCUAUUACUAUUAUGAUUGCGGUUGACUCCGUUUAUUUGGUGUACGUUUUUGCUUUAGAAUGCGUUAUUAUUAUAAAGUUCGUUGAGGAUCUUCUAUAUUUUGUACAGUACUUGAAACCUUGAAAGGACGUCCACUAACCAUGCGAGAAUGAACGUCACUAAUAGUCC